GCUAAACAACUUCCUCGCCACCCACCGGCCCGGCCCGGUGGUUACGGUUCCGGUCCGGGGUGCCGAUGGUAACGUCACUGUGGAACCGUUGGCCAAAUUUGUGACCCUUCGCCUGUUGCCCCACGGCACCACCAUCACCACCACCAUUCGGCGGCAGCUCCGGAAGCGGCUUGCGAGCCCACAGGCUGCGAUCUCGACGCUUCUGUUGGCGUUGCUGUUGGCCAUCGCAACGGUGGCCAUCGUCGGCGGUGGACGCAGCCAGCGGUUGCUGCACCAGCUUUCGUCAUUUGCAAAUGAAGAUUGCAUCGUGACCAUGCCGGCCGAGCUGCAAAAAGCCUUCCGUCCGCCGGAGGAUUGCAGCUUCUGCGCCUCGGUACGCACCGUACCACGGUUGGCGCGCGUCAAUCCGGACGAUUUUGCGGCCGACUACGCAUACACCGGAUGGCCCGUCAUCGUGACGGAUGCCACCGCCAACUGGACGGCCCUGGACCGCUUCGACUAUUGGUUCUUCAAGCGGCUGUACGAAACAUAUGGUAGCGGACCGCGGGCCGAAAGCUGUCAGUUUUUCCCGUACCAAACCGGACUCCGCAACAUCCAACAAGCCCUUUCCCUUCCACCGGCCCGCGUACGCUACGAACCGGGCACCGAACCGUGGUAUUUUGGUUGGAGCAACUGUGAUCCGGCCAUCGUGCGGGUGCUACGCGAGCAUUACGGCAGACCGUACUUUUUGCCGCCCGAUUCCGAGAACAACGCCAUCGAUUGGGUCUUCAUGGGUGGACCCGGUCUCGGUGCACACAUGCAUGUGGAUAAUGUUCGCCUUCCCUCGUGGCAAUCGCAACUAAAGGGCGCCAAGGAAUGGAUCCUAGCUCCACCACCAGAGUGUCUGUACCAGUGCGAGUUUCUAUCGGUCGUCGUACAAACCGGAGAAACGAUUGUGUUGGACACCAACAAAUGGUAUCACAAGACGAAUGUCCUGCCUGGCCCAAUCAGCAUCACCGUUGGAGCGGAGUACGAUUAAGCUCAUACCAAUAGUUCAUCCACAGAAACCUUUACUCACCUUGAUAUGAUCGUCGUUCCCGGUGGGAACUCUACUAUGUCCUCACGGAUUUCCAGAUCGUUGUAGAAGCUGACGACGU